AUGACAUAUCCCCCUUCCAGCGGAAAAGGCGCCUUGCAAAAGCCAUCAUGGACGUACAACGUCAAGCGCGACAUCGACACCAACAUGAAGAAAAGUGAAUCGCUAACACCCUCCAAGGGGAAAGAUAUCAUCUGCGGCUAUGCCCAUGGCCAAAAUUACGACUCGCUGAAAUUCAUCGGACCAGAUGCGAAAUCCUACAAAUGGGUCACGCAUAUUCCCCUCAGAUCUUUGCACGGCUCCCGCUACGAUACAGUCCGCCACGCGCUGUUCGUGUCUAUACAACGCUACGGCAACGAAGACCCAUUAUAUGGCCAAAUUGUCGCCGACCACACGUUCUUCGACGGCCACGUCGACUACACCGAAGGGUGCAAAUUCACGCUCGUUUCUCUGCCCGAUGAAGCGCUGCACAUCCGCUCCCCGCACGUCGAUCCAGCGAUGGUGGUCGCCACUCUUCAGGUUCUGAAGGACUGGGAAAUGAACACGUUGAGGGAGCAGAGGAAGAAAGAUCCGGUGGGUUUUGCGGCGAGUGUGGAUAUGGCUAGGAAGGGGGAUUUAGGCAGGCUGAGUUAUUGGCGG